UCAGCCUCCCGAGUGCUGGGAUUACAGGCGUGCGCCACCACGCCUGGCCAUCCCAUUUCCUGUAACACUUAGAAGUGAAGAAAUCAGAGGACAUCUACGAGAGACAUUAGAGCAAGAAGCAGAAUGCGGUGUGGCCCUAGUGGCCCCCCUGGUCCCAGUCCUGAGUGAUCAAGUGUUAGCACAAUGGCGUGGGCUUCAGCAGGGCACGUCCUGCCUGGCAUGGCGGUGGUGAGCAGUGAGACUCGAGACUCUACCCCUGCAGCCAGGCCCAGGGCUGACCACCUGUAACCCUAGGGCUCCCUGCAAAUCCCCGGCUUAGUUCCUAACCCUACCUUCCUUAAGUCUUUACUAUUGUUACUCACUUCAAGCUGCUAUUGCUCUCUCUAUGGAUUCUUAAUCCUCCUUAAGACGAUAUAUUUAUAUCUGAAGAGCUCAGCGAUAUUUAUAGGGCAGGUCGUGGGCAACUGACCUGCUGGAAAAGCCAAGGUUUGGCUUCCUCAGCCAGAUGCUAAACCAAGUUCUGUUUCAUCCAUAGAAUUUCUUGAGCACAAUACUGUCCUUUAAUUCUCCUUAAUGUUGCUGAAAUAAUAAUAAUGUAGGACAGGCCAGGGACAGCAGCACCCUCCUGCCGAGCACCUGAGAUGCUGGGCGUAGACAGCCAUGGCCACUCCUGAGCAGCACAGUUUGGGAGUUUCCAGACGGAGAAAGGCUGAAACACCCUCGGGCUGGGUGAUGGCCAGGGUGUCUUCUGGGCCUGAAAUCACACUGCUGUCUCACUGCAACAAACACCUGCUCAUUUGGGCACCAGAAGGAGUCAGGAGGAGCUGUGUUAUGAAGUCAAGGAGUGGUGUCCCCGUCACUCAGCACUGACCGGGUGCUGCUUUGCCCAGUCACCCAACAAGUGUUCAUGCCAAGCCCUGAGGUCACCACGGGGUUCUGUAGUGGACGUGGUAAAGUCCCUGUCCUUAUAGACUGUAGGCAAGUGUGAAAGAAUAAAUAGGGGGAAAUAAGGUAGCUUCAGAUGCAGGGAAGUAUUAUGAAGAAAAUAAAACUGGACAACAUUAGUGUCCGCUUUGGCAGCGGAGAACACCAGGAAGAAAGCAACCAGAGAAGAUAGGCACGACGGGCAAUCCAAGCAGGAGGAGCCGUCGGUGCCAGGACCCUGAGAACAAGCGCAGUGUCCACGGAGGCGACCCGGAGGCCAUGAAACCAGAAGUGGGCGGGGCUGGAUCACGUCGUGCACGGUGGGCACGGGAGGUCAGUCGCCAGGGGACCAAGGUGAAGAGGCCAGACCAGCAGAGAUAGAGAGAGAGAGCCCCGGUCUGAAGAACCAGGGAGCAGAGGUCCCCAGGAGACGUGGCCUCUGACCCCCCACAUCCCCGAGCCAAGAUGGGGCAGCAGUUCAGCUGGGAGGAGCUGGAGUCUGGCGAGAUGGAUGUGGCCGAGCUCCAGGAGUGGUACAAGAGGUUCGUGGUGGAGUGUCCCAGUGGCACGCUUUUCUUGCAUGAGUUCAAGCGCCUCUUCAAGGUCACGGGCGAUGAGGGUGCCAGCCGGUUCGUGGAGAACAUGUUCCGGGCCUUCGACAAGAACGGGGACAACACCAUCGACUUCCUGGAGUAUGUGGCGGCCCUGAACCUCCUGCUGCAGGACUCGCUGGAGCACAAGCUCCGGUGGACCUUCAAGAUCUAUGACAAGGACCGCAAUGGCUGCAUCGACCGCCUGGAGCUGCUGGACAUCGUGGAGUCGAUUUACAAGCUAAAGAAAGCCUGCCGAGUGGAGACAGCCAAGGACAAGGACUGGGAGCCGCUCACGCCCGAGGAGGUGGUGGACAGGAUUUUCCUCCUGGUGGACCGGAACGGGGACGGUGAGAGGCCAGGCGGGGGCAGGCUGUCCGCUCCACUCCUCCCCAGGGCCUGUGCACAAGGCCCCACUUCCCGCCACCAAACCCCUCACUGUGAGCUAGCGGAGGGGAGGAUGGCACGAAAUAGCAAAGGGCACCGUGGGCAUUGUCACCGUCAAUCCUGGGCUACGGACGGGGUGGGGCAGGCUGUGCAGAGAAAACCGGGACUGUUGGCCUCAGCCUGGUCUCCUUGAGGGUGAGGCACGGAUGAUGACAGUGGCCCGGAGGGCUGUCAGGGUUGUGUGGAAGAGCCAGGCAGGUGUUCAGUGUGGCAGCCCACAUCUCAGACGGCUGAGGCAGGGAUCACACAGGCCAGCCUGGGCAAUUUAGCAAGACCCUGUCUCAAAAUU